AAGCAUGGGGGAUGUGUGGGAAGUCCAAUUGAAGUGCUGAGAGGGUGAGUGCGUUGGGGCGCGCAUCGGCAGAGCAAGGGUGUUUGGAGGUGUUUGGAGGCAGAGAGCGUCCAAAGAGCAGGGCUGUUUGGAGGCAGAGUCAGCAGUGCAGGGGUGUUUUUGAGGCAGAGAUCGUGCGGAACCGCGAUGCAGUGGGGCGGAAUGGCCCUAACAAAAUUGGUCACGUGACUUACGCAAGAUGGGAAGGCGGGAACUAAAGCGCAGCUCCGUGGGUGUCCCGCGCGUAGCACACCGGCCGCUCUGCGUUUACCCUGAGGAGCCCCCGCUGCUCAGCCCAGGAUCCCCCGCGGCUCGGAGGACAUGGCCGACAGGUUCACCAGCUCCUUUUACUGCCCGAGAGAACUGCUGCACAAGUCAGCCUCAGCCCAUGCAGCCCUGCAAUGGGAGGGCGAGCAGGAGGCCCAGGGCAGUCUCCGGCACCCCCCGGCAGAUGGCUUCGUCCCCCAGCCCGACUACAUGGAUGCUGAGGAUGCCCAGGACCUCAUCAAGCCAAGGAAGCUGGUUAACCCCGUGAAGUCCUCCAAAAGCCACCAAGACCUGCACAAAGAGCUGCUCAUGAGGGGUGGCGGGGGGGCGGAGCCCAAGCCAGAGCUACAGCGCGUGCUGGAAGCCCGCAAGAGAGAGCAGAGGGGGCGGCAGAAACGGCAGGAGGAGGAGGCCAGGAGGAAGGUCUCCCCCUUGGAGCAGGAGCUCCUCAAGAGGCAGAAGAAGCUGGAGGAGCUGGAGAGGCAGCAGGAGAAAGAUCAGGAGGACAUGGAGAAAGCCCCCGAGUUUGUCAAGGUCAAGGAGAAGCUGAGACGGACAUCUUUUCAUAGUAAAGACGAAAAAGAAGUGUAAAGUGAUAAACCUGCUGCACACAGAUCUUGGGCGGGGGAGGUUUCAGGACACAAGGCGUGUGAUGGACACGUGGUGGUUCCUGGUGGAGCCUACCAGGCCCUGGGGCCCACAGGGCCUCUCGGCCCCCCCCUAGACUCACUAAACCAUGCCUUCACUCACACACUUAAUCUGACCUGCAGCCGCGCUGGGGAAAUGACCCCCAGCCUCCCACUGAUGAUGUAACCGUGAGCCGGAGGCCAGCUUUAGUUCAUUAGGAGGACUGAGAGCUUCCGGCCCAAACGCCCUGGCCCGGACUGAAAAGAAGGCCUGCCUACAUCGUGUGUCUGUGGGAACAAGGGGUCCUGGAGAAGAGUUGUGUGAGUGUGCUGUCAGAUGUACUAAUUGCCUGUGUAAAAGACACUUUUCAGCAUGGCCAAUAGCACUUUUGAACUCUUGAUACUAACUGAGUCUGAAUGCUCCGAUGCAGAGCUCUGAUCCAUGACCGUUAUUAACGAGAUAGGUAGGAUCACUUUGAAACAUGAAAGAUAAACAUUAAAACAUAUACGCUUGCGUCAAAAAGUGUGUAUACAAUGUAUGUCCCCAGCAAAGUGUGUGUGAGCAGGUGAGUAAGGGCCAACAUAAUGCAGUUAGAGAGAGUGGUGAUGGCAGGUGGAGGAGAGGAAGAGAGGUGAGUGUAGGUGGAGGAGAGGAAGAGGGGUAGGACAGGUGGAGGAGAGGAAGAGGGGUAGGACAGGUGGAGGAGAGGAAGAGGGGUGAGGGGAGGUGGAGGAGAGGAAGAGGGGUAAGGACAGGUGGAGGAGAGGAAGAGGGGUGAGGGAAGGUGGAGGAGAGGAAGAGGGGUGCAGUGCAGGUGGAGGAGAGAGGGGUGAGGACAGGUGGAGGAGAGGAAGAGGGGUGAGGACAGGUGGAGGAGAGAGGGGUGAGUGCAGAGGGAGGAGAGAGAGGGGUGAGUGCAGGUGGAGGCUCCAGGUGAAGCUGAAGACUAGACCUGGAGCAGGGCCUCUGUGUGUGUGAUGGAGCAGGACUGAAGAACAAGUCUUCAGAGGAGUCCAUCACGGAUGGUGCGGUAAUGCAUGAGUGAUACCCGAUUCCUGUUCCUCACUUCCUUCCACUGUAAAGAAAGUAAACACCUUAUAUGGACAUGCCAAAUGGUUGAAUAUGAUCAUCUAUUGUUGGGCUUUAUUAUGGAGACAAUUUAUUCAGAAAUGAUGUUGUACAAUUAUAAUUCAUAUUAAUUAUUGAUAUUAAUUGUGGAAAACUGAGUAUGUGUGCAGAGCUGAUGAAUAUUGAUUGUAUGCAUGCUUCUGGAAUAUCUCCUGUCAUCCACCUUGACAUGUGCCUUCCCAUAACGAAUGAUGAGUGGAGCGUAUGCUGUAGCUGAUCGCUGUUAGCAGUACUGCGUCCCACCACAAGUUCCACUCAACAAUGGUAGUUUGUGGAUUCGACAUCAUUAGUUCAAGGAAAAGGAUUCAAUAGAUGUUAAACUAGCUUUCCGCCAUCAAUUAUGAUUUAUUUGUAGUUUAACCGUAGCCUGUAUUUAUUAAAUGACAGAUAAAUUAAUUUAAUUUGCUUCCUGAAAGUAGUAUCUUAUUAUUGGCACUGAACAUGAUUGAUACUCCAAAUGUGAAUCGAUCCAGAAGUGUUACAACAAUAUGAUUUAUCAUUUACAAUAGGCAAAGAACAAUGGAUGUAUCUAUUAAACCUGUUUCCUUCA